CCAACAUCCAUCCUAAAACACAUCAAUCACCAAUCAAACCAAUCUCAAUCACACAUCCACCCAUCAUGCCAUUCACAGCCUCCGAUAUCUGCAAGAUCCUCUUGGCCAUCGUCCUUCCACCUCUUGGUGUUUUCCUUGAACGUGGAUGCGGUGCUGAUUUCUGGAUCAACAUCCUUCUUACCAUCCUUGGUUACAUUCCUGGUAUCAUCCACGCCCUUUACAUCAUUCUCAAGUAUUGAUCGCCUUGCACACUCGAUUCAUUUGAUCCUAAGACAUGUAAAACUAAAGCUCAAUGAUUUACGAACCAAGUCUUUUUUGUUUUCUUUUUGAACGAUCACCUUUGAAUUGAAUGAUUUCUUAUUCUCUUCUUCUUCUCUACCUAUCUCUUUCUCCUCGUCUCGUCUCAUUCGAUUCAUGACUGAUGACUUGUCGAGACUGUUUUGCUAUAUACUUGCACCUUUUCACUUGCUGUUGUUAUCUUAACUCAUCUGUUCUUGCUCUCUUAUGUGUCAAUCGAACGCGACCCAGUGAACUCUUGUACCAGAUUGCUCCCCAAAGUACCUUGGUCCUUACCUUGACCUGGUUAUAUGCGCUAUCUUUUAAAGUCAAUUCAAUUGAAACCGCUUGUUGAGACACG